UGCGAGCGGAAGUGACGCGCCGCGCCGGCUGCGACGGUUUAAAUCCCCCUCCGCGCGCGGCCCCGCUCCGAGGCGAUGGAUGCGCGGGCGCGCGCCAAGCGCUAUGAGAAACUCGACUUUCUCGGGGAGGGGCAGUUCGCUACCGUGUACAAGGCGCGGGACAAGAGCAGCGGCCGGAUCGUGGCCAUCAAGAAGAUUAAGCUUGGACAUAGAUCAGAAGCUAAAGAUGGAAUCAACAGAACAGCCCUCAGGGAAAUAAAACUGUUACAGGAGUUAAGCCAUCCAAAUAUUAUUGGUCUUCUUGAUGCAUUUGGACACAAAUCCAAUAUUAGUUUGGUGUUUGAUUUCAUGGAAACAGAUUUAGAGGUUAUAAUUAAGGAUACUAGUAUUGUGCUGACUCCAUCUCACAUCAAAGCAUACAUGCUGAUGACACUUCAGGGCUUAGAAUACUUGCAUCAACACUGGAUUCUACACAGGGAUCUCAAACCAAACAACUUGUUACUAGAUGAAAAUGGGGUUCUCAAGCUGGCUGAUUUUGGCUUGGCAAAAUCUUUUGGAAGCCCCAACAGAGUCUACACACAUCAGGUAGUAACAAGAUGGUAUCGAGCACCGGAGCUGCUGUUUGGUGCUCGAAUGUAUGGCGUAGGUGUUGAUAUGUGGGCUGUUGGCUGUAUUUUGGCAGAAUUGCUCCUAAGGGUCCCAUUUUUGCCAGGAGACUCUGAUCUUGAUCAGCUGACGAGAAUAUUUGAAACAUUGGGCACUCCAUCAGAAGAGCAGUGGCCUGGUAUGACAAGCCUUCCAGAUUAUGUAACAUUUAAGAGUUUCCCUGGAACACCGCUUCAGCAUAUCUUCAGUGCAGCUGGUGAUGACUUGCUAGAUCUUCUACAAGGUUUAUUCACAUUUAAUCCUUGUAUUAGGGUCACAGCUACUCAGGCAUUGAAACAGAAGUAUUUUAGUAACCGACCAGGACCAACUCCAGGAAGUCAGUUGCCAAGACCUAACUGUCCUGCAGAAGCCUUAAAGGAGCAACAGAAUCCACUUGUAAAUUUAAAAAGGAAGCGAACAGAUGGAAUAGAUCAAGGAUUACCAAAAAAGUUGAUUUUUUGAUUGCCAUGGAUGGUGAUUGAAUGAUGCUGAAAACUGACGGUGAAAUAGCCUGAGACCAAAACAGUGGGAAAAUGCUGUGAGGAUAAUGGACGUUUUUUGUUGAAAAAUGAAUUUGUAAUAUAUUUAUAUGUGUAAAAUACAAUACUUAAUAUGUCAGUGUUAAAAGUGUGAUGUUUUAUUAAGUCUAGACCUUUUUGAAUAAAAAGUGUCUUUUAUUUUUAACAAAAA